AUGAGAGCGGAAAAAACAGUCCCAGCGGGCUGGUGCCACCGAUACGUGGAGACCAGGCAUCACUUCGGCGAGGAUUGUUUCGGAAAAGAGAGAAGUCAUCGCACGACUCAUAUGUUGAAGAGCGGUCAGGAUGAUGCCUCAGACGCCGAUUCAUCGCCAUCAACGCCUCGAACCGCAUCCUCAAUCGACGAUGGCUUAUCUCCGUUGGUCUCAGCCGCUAUGCUCAAGAAAAAGAGCGCUCCGAAACUCCAUUUUGCGUUCAACUUGUUAAAAUCCAACAAAACGGAAAAUAUGGAUGAGGAGUGCUCUGAUUCGGAGACGGCGGAUGAGCUGAGUGAAAUCGACUACCUCAGUGCAAAAAGGCCUACCAGCGAAUCUAUCCGCUCCAAGCAUCCAAAAAGUCCCGCCGAUGCUCAAGGAAAUAUUCGCCUUUAUGGUGUGGUAGUGCCCGCUCCGCGGAUGUUGGACAGCAAGGUAAACUACAGUUUCAAAAAAUCCUUUGACUGCCUAAUCAUUUAA